UGCAGACCACGAUUGUCCUAGUACCAAGCUUAUAGAAGGAAAAAUGGCUUCUCAGGGCUGGUGUGCAGAUAGGCUUGGAGAUUGGGUUAAGAAGAACCCAACAAAGAGAGCAAAGGAUGCAAAAGACAAAUUGGAGAGUGACUUUGGUAUAAAACUGAAGUACUCAAAAGCUUGGUCUGGUUUAAAGGUAGCCUUGGAUCAAAUUCAUGGUAAGUAUGAGGAAAGCUUCCAACUUCUUUUUAAUUGGGCUGCUCAACUUGAACAAAGUUCACCUGGAAGUAUUGUAAAAAUAGAGUUAGACAAGAUUGGUAAAAAGAAUAGGUUCAAGAGGGUUUUUGUUGCUUUGAAGCCAUGCAUUGAUGGAUUCCUAGCUGGUUGUAGACCCUUCAUAGGAGUAGAUGCAUCUUUUUUGCAUGGAAAGUACACUGGACAGUUGGCUUCAGCAACUGGUGUUGAUGGGCAUAACUGGUUGUUCCAUAUAGCAUAUGCUGUAUUUGACUCAGAGACUGAGGAUAACUGGAAGUGGUUCCUUGAGAAUUUGCACGAAGUCAUAGGAGACCCACCAGGACUAGUCUUAUGUUCAGAUGCCUGUAAAGGAUUAGAGAAAGCAGUAGGGGCUGUUUUUCCACAAGCUGAAAAUAGGGAGUGCAUGAGGCACAUGUACAGCAACUUCAUGAAACACUACUCAGGGGAUGUUUUCACUGACCACCUGUAUCCUGCAGCCAAAAGCUACACUGAGUAUAUGUUUAGGUGGCAUAUGAAGAGAAUUUUUGAGUUUGCUCCACAGGCAAUUGACUACCUUGAAGAGCAUCAUAGUAGGAUAUGGUACAGAAGUGGCUUCUCUGAGGAAAGCAAAUGUGACUAUUUAACUAAUAAUGUGUCUGAGAGUUUCAAUUCUCAGAUCAAGCACUUGAAAGGCCUUCAUAUCCAUGAGCUAGUUGAUAGGAUAAGGGAGCUCAUAAUGGAGAAAAGGUACAUCAGAAAGAAGAUUGCACAACAAUGGGGAGAUGGAAUCUUACCAAGUGUUUUGAAGGAACUGAAUCUUAUAAGCAAAAAUCUGAACGUGAUCAAGGUGUCAGUCAGUGAUGAGGACUUUGCAGAAGUAACCUUGCUUGAUGAAUGGAACAAGCAGAAAAGGAACACAGUGGAUCUGAAAAACCAUAAGUGCUCAUGCAGGGAGUGGCAGAUAACUGGGAAGCCAUGCAAGCAUGCCUUGGCAUGGAUACUUUCUAACAGAGGUAUGCAGAUAGCUGACUUUGUGCAUGAGUAUUACUCAGUUGCACGGUUUAGAGCUGCAUAUGAAGGCAGAGUUGAACCAAUGACAGAUAGGUCCUAGUGGCCAGAGGUUAAUCUUGGGUUCAAGGUUUACCCACCUUUGCUGGGAAGACCACCAGGUCGGCCAAAGGUGCAAAGGCAAAGGGGUUGUCUAGAAAAAAAUGCUAAUAAAAAGAAAAUGAGAUGCAAACGGUGUGGAGGUUUUGGACACUUUGAAAAGACAUGUAAGCUUGAGAUGGUUGGAGAGGAUGGUGAAACUGCUACAACAAAUAAAAGGAAGAGGAUAGAUGAUGAUGCUGGACCAUCCAAGGGGAACAAAAAGAAGGCAGCAAAGAAGAAGAAAACUCCCAAGAAGAAAAAAACACCCUUGAAGAAGAAGCAGAAGAAGGAUGCAACUGCUCCUCCACCUAAGGUUGUCAGAAGCCUCAAGGAGCUAUUUGUUGAAGAUGGACAGUGAACCAGAUGGUGAAUGUGGAGCUAUUUUGUGAAAUGCUUUUGUUAAUGUUUAGUUGGUUGUAAUGCUUGAAAACUAGAACAAGCUGAAUUGAUGAAUUUCUGGAUGCCUGUAAUACAUAGUUUAGAUGUAGGAUGUCUUUCAUGGCCUUUGAACUGGAUGCCGAGUUACAUGCC